UUCUAAUGAGGUCCGCAUGACCUUUUCAUGCAAUAACAAAUAAAACCCUUUGAUUUGUUACGAAAAAAAACAAUGACAUCUAAACGAGAUGAUCCAUAAGCAAUAAACAAAAUUUCAAGUGUAUAAAAACAGCACCCUCUCUCUCUCUACGACAUCCUUCCUCUUACAUUAUACAGCCAUGUUAUUUAUACUCUUUGUUAUUAUAUUACUGUGUAGUAGUAUCGAAGGAAAGACGUUUCUAUUCCCAAUUCCUCAACAUGUAGAGUGGUUUGGUACGACGUCCCUAUUUCUUUCAGACCCAACCAAGUUUCAAAUGCGAGGUAUCCAAAACCCGCAUCUUCAAUCUGCCGCUACGCGUUACUUGACGCUAAUUCAACAAGAACGAUGGGUACCUGUUCAAAAAAGCACAAAUGCUACUGUUCAAGCUACAUUACAAGAAAUCAGCGGUGUUCAAUUUCAAGUGGCAAAUAAUACGGUUUCUUUGGGUAUGCACGUGGAUGAAUCCUAUCAACUCUUGGUAUCUCCCUCUAGUGUGUUUAUUCGUAUCCAGGCUAACACAUGGGUGGGUGGCUUACGUGCAUUGGAGACUUUAUCUCAACUGGUGACAAGGGGUGUUUCUAACGCUACAACUACAUUGGUAAUUCAUACAGCGAAUAUCACGGAUGCGCCACGGUACGGUCAUCGUGGUAUCUUGCUCGAUACAGCGCGUAAUUUCUACCCUGUUGAAUCUAUUCUUCAUCUUUUGGAGGCGCUUGCGUACAAUAAAAUGAACGUGCUCCAUUGGCAUGCUACGGAUUCACAAUCAUGGCCAAUGUAUAUGAAUUCUUUACCGGAGCUUUCACAAAAGGGAGCGUAUUCGACAGAGGAAGUGUAUCAGCCGAAGGAUGUGGAAAAGGUGUUGGGGUUUGCAGAGACACGUGGUAUUCGAGUGAUUUUGGAAUUGGAUAUGCCAGCGCAUACGGCUUCGAUUGCAGCGUCGCAUCCGGAGCUGCUGUUGUGUGCAGAUGAGUUUUGGUCGGACUAUGCAGCAGAACCCCCGGCGGGACAGUUGAACCCGAUUAAGGGGGAUACGUUUCGAUUGGUGGAGACGGUGUUAAAGGAAGCUACGUCUCGGUUUCCUGAUGGAUUGUAUCAUGCAGGUGGUGAUGAGAUUAAUACGGCGUGUUGGGAAUUAAGUGAUGAGUUUCGAGCGUAUACGAUGAAAUUCAAUAUGACGAGCAAAGAAGUAUGGUUUCAAUGGACAAAGCAUGUAUUGGAUUAUAUUAGACGUGACUUGAAAAAGAGACCGAUUCUUUGGGAAGAUUCAAUUAAAGAUGGAGCCCAAGGGUAUAGCAACUCAACCAUUGUUCAGACAUGGUUAUUACCACCUUCAAAAUAUACAGCGUUAGGCUAUGAUGUGAUUGUCUCGAAUUAUGAUUAUUUCUACCUCGAUUGUGGUCACGGUGGUUGGGUGGGUAACGAUAACCGGUACAUCAGUGCAGCACAAACAGAGACUGCGGAUGAUGUGUUUAAUUAUGGAGGUAUUGGCGGGUCUUGGUGUGCACCGUUCAAGACAUGGCAACGUAUCUACAGUUACGAUAUGAUGCUGGAUAUAGCGAAUGAUACGCACAAGGGAAGUAUACUGGGAGGGGAAGUUGCCAUGUGGUCUGAACAGACGGGGCCAACCGUAAUGGAUGGUCGUAUAUGGCCACGAUCUGCUGCUGCUGCGGAGAUCUAUUGGUCGGGAAGUUAUGAUGAAGAAGGUGAAAGACGUACAGUGGAAAGAGUAUCCGAACGCUUUUACGAUUGGGUCUAUCGAUUACAAGCGCGUGGCAUUGAUGCUGAACCUGUUCAACCGAAAUACUGUGCUCAACAUCCAGGUGCAUGCAACCUUAGUCCUACAUGAAUAAAAUAAAAACUUGUUAUUUUUCUUCUUUUUUUUGCAUCACAGGAUGAGGGGGGGG